UCUGCCAUUAGUAGCUAAACAACACUGGACACAUUUCGCGCAUUAAGACUGCAGCAUUUCAUAAAACAUUUGUGAAUGUUUAUGUAAAAUGUUAGAGGACGAACUUGAUAUCUAUGAUGAUUUGGAUCAAUUCCAAGAAGUUGAAAAUAAAAAAUGCAAAGAGUUGGAAGCCUGGGAGGCGAAAUACGACGCAGCCCAGUUGGAAAUUGAGAAUUUGCAAGCGGAAAAAAAAGCACUUGCCAAGAAAAUCAGGACCAUGGAGAUAAAUUUUCAAAAUUUACUUGACACGGCUAAGGCGGAAAUCAAGCGCAAGGAUGCACAAAUAACACAACUACGCAAGGAGAAAGAUGAUAUAUGCUUUAGACGUAAGCAGGCGCCCAAUUUGGGGCUGUCCAACUCCCAGAUGCAGCCUUCGCCCGAGCUGCAACGUCAGCCACAAAAGCGUUUUAAACGCGAUGAAAUAACAGACAAUAAAUGUGAAAUUGCAUUUAACAACAAUAACGAGAACUGCCGUGAGGAAACAAAGAAACAUCGUAAGCAAGACACUAUUGACGAGGAUAAGAAGGAGAAGAAGACACAGGACAAGCGUUCUAAUGCAACAGCAAAGGCUCAGUUGUCAGCGAAUAUAAGGAAUCCACACGGCAGAGAUCGAGAAAAACAACGAGAAAGAGAUCGAGGACGAGAUAGAGGUCGCCGUCGCAGUCGCAGUCGUAGUGGGAGUCGUAGCCGAGAACAUGGUAAAGGCAUAAGUCAUGACAGGCACAAUUCUAAAAGCAAAGAUCAAAGAAGAAAACGAUCACGAUCACGUUCACGUUCGCGUUCGACUAACAAAACAAGCAGCAGGAAUAGUAAACGCAACAGCUCACGAGAAGUCGACAGAGGAAAUGAUGCUAAAUCCACGGCCAAUACCAAGCAUAAUAAACAAACAACGAUGGAUGCACUCUUUGGCAGCACACCUACACAGAAUAGUCCAGCGGAAGCUUCGAAUGAUGACAACAGCGGCGCAGAAAGCGACAAAGUGAUUGCAAAGCUCAUAGCCAAUGUGGAACCGCUUACACCAAAAGAGCUAUACACCCCACAGAGCCAGAUUGCAGCUCCAGAAGUGACAAUGACUAGCAAAAAAUUCGAACAAGAAAAGCUACCGGAGGAUAUUGAUAACUAUUUUGAGAGCAAUGUUGAAAGUAAAGAAAGCCCGCAAAGAGUCGAAAGAAAUGCGCAUCAAGUCGAUGUUGGCAACACAAUAAACAAACUAAAUCCAAGACAGCAUCCCUUAAUAAAUGAAACUGAAACUUCUCCGAAAUCCGAAACGAAGUCGAUUGAAUUAGAAAAUGAAACAGACAAAGAACUGAAUAAAAGCGCGAAAGAGCAAGCCGAAGAUGAAGGGGAAAACCAAACGUCCCCACAGCAAAACUUGAUCCCAGCCAAAGAGGAUGUAAUAGAACAGCCACCUAAAAGUAAAGUGCUAGACGACGUCAAGAUGAAUGAUGCAGCAAUCCAUCAGCAGAUACCAGGCUUGACUAUUAUAGCCGCAGAACAGACUCGAGAAUUCGGAACUGACAACGGCAUAGACAAUGUUCAUAUUCCUGGCUUGGAUUUAAUCAAUAAUGAGGAUCAAUUAAAUGAAGUGGAGAAAGCGGAAACUAUUGAGCAUAUUGAGCAUCCUGGGUUAGAUUUAAAGAAGGAUGAAAUCGUGGAAGUAAUGGAAGGAGAAGAACAGAACUUAGUCGAUCAUGAAAAGUUAAUUGAUGUGAAUGAUAGACAAGUCUUAACUUCUGAAGAAGGAAAACCCGGUUUGUGUAAGACAACUGAAGAAACAGUUCUAAAAGAAGUUAAUUCAGAGGAAUGCAAAGUAAUAGCUAACUUGAAUUUGACAAAAGAUGGUAAAGUAAGCAAAAAGAAGAAAAGAAAAAAUGGAAAGGUCAGUGUAGAUAAUGAAGCUCAACAGAAGACAACAAAAGCCCCGGAUAAUAUAAAUACAACAGAACACAUUUCUAAUCUAAUUUCGCUGAAUACUGAAGAAAGAAUUACAAAAGAUGUGGAAGCAGAAGAUCAGGAAAGCAAUUUUAUAGAUAUUUCAAUCAAAACGAAGUCAAAUAAUGACGAAGAACUGCCGGUUAUGGUAUUAGCUGUUGAAGAAGAGCUAACAAAUGAAACAACUACUAGUAAAAUGAUAGUAGAGAGUGUCAAUAAUGAAGCUUCGCUAGGCAAGCAGUUGGCCACUGAAACAGAAGUUGAUGUUGCAGCGAAACUCAAUGUGGAGUCACAUGAAUCUGAUAAACAGAACUGUGUGACUGCUGAGGAAUUAAAGAGCAACCCAAAUGAAACUUUGUUGACUGAUAACACUGAAAAUAUUAAAGCAAAUACGUCUAAAUGCAACAAGUCGCAUGAAGAUAUAACGCAUGAGCCUCAUCAGGAGCAGACUGCAGUAAAGACAAUAGUGAGGAAACCCAACCUGACCACGAACCAACACCAAAGCCCUUCUCAAUUGGCUUACACGUUGCUGGCAGAGGAGAAUUCAAAGACGCCCAAGCGCCCAGUGCGCAGCAUGGAGAGCAUACAAAUUAUUGAGGAUAUACGCUUGCCCAUCAAAAUGGACAUUGAGAAUAUUGCUAUUAAAGUAGAUGGCUCUAACGAGGAGCACACUUUGCUGGCAGAAGAACAAACAGAAGAAGUAAGCUUAAAUAUGGACGAAGUACCGCAGGCAGCGUCUGAGGUAGAAGAGUCGAAGUUGCAGUUUAUUACAGUCAAUCAGAAUGAAAGAAACUCAACAAUUGUUGCUGUUAAUACGACAAUUACGCCGAAGCUAACAGUUAUGGCAGCCACCGUAAUGUAUGCCCAGCCGGAUUCUACAAAGAUUGAUCACAAUGAAGACGAUGCCACGCUCGAGGCAGUGAUGAAUGAGCUAAUACCAGAUAAGCAGGGCACUGCAUUAGAGAAUUAUCAGAAUUUAAGCCUGGAAUCGGAUACCAUUGAAAUGGCACUGAAGCAGCUGCAUCAGCCGUCGAGUCAAAAGGAAGAGCAACCGGAUGAAACAGCUGUCACAUCCACCUCAAUGAAGGGCGGACAAACGCCCAAGCAGGAUCUCAUACAAAUACUAAUGCAAUCGCCAUUGCAACAGACUGCGGCGCUUUGCCCUGCGAAAGGGAAAAACAAAAUUAAAAAGUCUGGAGCACGUACAACCAGCGAAAGGACAACCCCAAGCAGCGAAAACGUUGACAGAGUAACACCAGAUCAACGUGAGCAAACGCCAUUGAAGAAACGCAAGAUAGAGCUAAAUGAUGAGCACAUAACUGCUGAUCCAACUGUACCGCCUACGCCACCAAGGGUACCAGUGGCAACGGAGCCAUCGAUGCAACAUGUGACCAUCGAUGAGACAUUCAAUGCCAGCAGCCUGGACCAAAGUCAUAGCCUUAACAGCAGCGACUCAUUUCUGGUGACCAAACGCUGUUCCUUAGGCAAUAGCGACUAUCAAUUCGAGCGGAUCAAUGAUGAAGUUGUGCUCCGUGUCACUCGACGUCGACGACAACGACCAGUAGCACCAACGACAACCAUCGAGAAGUAG